AUGGCUUCAGCUCCGGCAUUGUUCACAGCCUCAAGGGGGCAGACCCUCACCUACCUGUUAGCGGUCUGCCCCUUCUCAAUCGCUUUUUUGGUAUUCAUCAAUUCGUCUGUUUCCUUCGUGGUAACGGAUCUGAUCGGACUCCAUGAUGGAGAGGGUGAUGCGGUGGGGACUUUGGGAUUUGCUGAUGAAUUGCUUGCUCUGGCUGCUUGCCCCCUUUGGGGAGUACUCUCGGACCGGAUCGGCGUACGUCAUGUUUGCACUAUUGGCUACGCAAUUAUUGCUUUGGCAUUAGUUCUCUUCGUACAGGCCAAGAAUGUUUAUCCCCAGCUUCUCCUUGGUCGGCUACUUUUCAGCCUCGGCGGUUCGGCCGUAUCAACCAUGGUCACAGCCGUUUUACCCACUGUGACGGGAAAGGCCUUUCGCAAUCAGGCAUACAGGGCUUCAGUCUCGUCAGAAUUGACAAUCACCCCUGAACGGGUACGCAGACUCCAGAAUGGUAAUUCCGAACCAACAGCCAGUGCUUCACCCUCAGCUCGGCUGUCAGGUUUCGUUGGGCUCUUCGCAGGCUGUGGAGCUCUCGUCUCCCUUGGAGUCUUCCUUCCCCUCCCAGCCCGAUUUGAAAAAGUCGGACUGUCACCUACCGAGGCUAUCCAACGCAGUUACUACCUUGUAGCCGUCGUGGCUCUCAUCAUCAGCGUGGUCAGUUUUCUUGGCCUACGCCAACUACCCGGCGAAGAAGGAAAAGGAUGGUCCGCUUUGCGGACAUGCCAUUCACAAAAAGAUGACCAACCUGCCACCCUACCUUACUGGAAGCAAUUGACCACAGCAAUGCUUCUGGGAUUCCGAAACCGCAGCAUUGGACUGGGUUACGUGGGCGGGUUUGUGGCUCGGGCAUCAUCAGUGGGCAUCUCCCUGUUCAUCCCUCUAGCGGUGAACCAUUACUUCCGUGUCUCGGGUCUUUGCGACGAACAUGAUCCAGUCCGCGGGUCCGGGCUUGGUGACAUCAAACGCGCGUGCCCGCGCGCAUACAUCCUUGCAUCGAUAUUGACGGGGGUCUCCCAGUUGGUUGCACUGUGCGCGGCACCAGCCUUCGGGUUCCUGACCGACAAGUCACGCCGGUAUAAUGUCCCACUGCUGGUAGCCGCCUUCUUUGGUGUGAUUGGGUACAUCUGGUUUGCGCAGAUUCCCAACCCGCAAUUCCAGGGCCCUGAUGGCAGCGCGGUGGUCUUCCUCGUGAUGGGCCUGAUUGGCCUGAGCCAGAUCGGUGCUAUCGUGUGCAGUCUUGCUGUUCUCAGUAAUGGGAUUUUGCGAGUUAGUCUGGAUGAUGAUGCGAUGCGUAAGAUUUAUGACGAUGAGGGUGUGCUCGAUGCUGAUGCUGAUGACCGUGAAUCGAGUGAGGACCGGCCUCUUCUCGCGGGAUCGGUCAAUCGGCGGUUGGAGCACUUGUCGCACUUGAAGGGGUCGAUUGCUGGGGUGUAUUCGCUGUAUGGUGGGGCAGGAAUCUUGCUGCUCACUAAGUUGGGAGGAACGUUAUUCGACCAGGUGUCAACGGGUGCUCCCUUCUAUAUUAUGGCUGCGUUCAAUGGGAUGUUGCUGGUAGUAGGAAUCCUUGCUGGGAUAUUGAAUCAAGUUGUCCCGGUGGUGGAAGUGUCUGUGUAA